UUUUAUCAUCAGAAUCUGGCCUGCAGUAGAAGCCCUAAGGAGAUCUCAUCUUCACUCCCUGGUGGUAAAUUUAUUCAGGCUACCUAUUGAAAUACUGAAGGUUCCAUUGGAAGUCUGCACCUCCAUGAGGUUAGCUUAAUAUUACAGUGCAAGAGCAAUAAGCAAGUGGCCUGACUUUAUUUUAAUGUGUAUGAUGAAGCCUCCUUCCAGAUAUGUGCAAUCUUGGAGGAAAAAGGAGAAAGCCAUGGUUGAACUUUUUCAGAAAUGAAAUUGCAGGCAGUUAGGGACUUUGAUUGAAAGGAGGGCUUUGAAUGUUGGGUUAUCCUUAUUUAGUCUUUAACCUGCAGGGCGGAGGGUAGAAGUGAGAUACUUAAAAUACAGUAGUCAGAAAAGCAGCAUCAUGUCAAGUCACAUUCCCUGCUUUUAUAGAAGUUUCAGGUUCCAUUGUAAUCUUAAAGUCACUUUCUUAAAUGAUUUAGGUUCCAGGAGCAAGAGGCAUUUAGAAGAGUUUGAAGAAGGGGACCGACCAGACAUGAAAAGACAAUGCUGUAUGAAAUGCAGGUGCUCACCCUCUCAGGCACAUUCCCUAAGCAAUGGAAGAGCAGCUUCUCCAGUCUCUUUACUGAACAGCAGUGGAUACAUUGAUGAUGACUUGGAUGACACUAUCCUGGAUCGUUCUGAUGAGGAAAAGCCAGAUUCUCCCACUGGACUCUCUCGUGAAGCUGAGGAUGAGCUCAUAGCAGAGGAUCUGGAAACCUCCCCUAAUUCUGUAGCAGUUGAAGUAAAUAGCUGUGAGGAUGUGAAGAAGCUAUGUGAUAGCAUGUUAGCUUCUCCUGAAUCUGCACAGACUCUGAGGGCUCCAGAUGAGGUUGAAGGCACAAAGCCUCUUCCUCAGACUGGUUCUUCAGCCAGCUCAAGUGAGGGUGUUGUUUUCAGGAAUUAUUCGGAGAAACUAAACAGUGGGAAAUACUUGAAUAAGAGCUCUCAAAAUCAAGCAGAGUUUGGUGCAAAUUGUAAUGGUCUUAGAUUUCCAGAAGCUGGUUCAGACAUAGCAGCUUCUUUGAAUCUGGAGAAAGAGAGAGAUCCGUCUGGAGAAAUAGAUAAAGAAGUAAUAAAAAUAGUGACAAAUGAUUUGUCAAUAGGAAGCCAACUAGUGGCUGAACAUGAAUCAUUUGGUGCAGUGGGUGAGCAGUCCUCAGAGAGACAUACUUCCCUAAAUCACAGGCAGCUCAGAGGCAAGAGUACAAGCAACCCACUGCCUGCCAAAGAAUUAGAUACUGUUGACUUGCAUGGAGAGGCUGCAGUAUCCACUUGUGUCAGUGGCCAAAGAGAGGAAUGUGUGAGCGUUCCUGAUGCUAAAAGCACAAAUAGUCCUGUAAAGCCUAGACGGAUAUGCAUUCAAGAAGCAGAGCUUGAGUCAAGAAAAGAAAGCUACGUCAAUGCCGUACUUACCCACGCUAGUUCUGUCCCAUUUCUCAUAGAUUCAGUCCAUGAGAUGCGCACGCUGGUAGAUACGGUCGCUUCCGAAUCUAGAAAUGGCCACCCAACAGACCUGACAGUAAGGAACUACGCCAAACGGAGUCAGAGCACAACCCAGAGAGUUAAUCUCAACCAGUGGGUUGACCGUAACAUGCGCAACAUCGGCCGGUUUGAUGGAAUCCCUGAUCACUUUAAGCGCAGCCCGAUCCUAAGCUAGAAGACAUUUUUAUUCGAAGUUGCUCUUUGAAUGUUUAGCUGCUGGCAGUUCAAUUUAUUUAGUGUUUUAUGUGUUCCUACUAAUGUUAAGGCUAGUUUAAUGUUUUUGUUUUUAUUACAAAUAUUUGUUCACUUUGUCCUGGACCUUUUUCACGGCUAAAUAUUUGUUUUAGAAAUUUUGUUUUUUUACUAGUCUAUUUGAUAUUGUACCUUGAAUAUGUUAUAAAUGUUUGUUUUAAAAUUCUGGGACCUAUUACCCUUUUUCCUCUUCUGUGCUUACUAGUUGACUGUCCUGUAUGUCCAGAUUAAUUGCAUACCUGCUCCAUUUUUAGAGAUUUGAUGGAAAGUCUAAACACACUGAUUUUAGUGUUAUACAACGACAGUGAAGAACAAUGGCACCAGUUCAGAUUUCAUAGGCAAACAUCUCAUGUUCCUUCAGAUACAGGACUUUUAAUAGAGGCCACUCACACAUUCAACUGCUAAGGUUUGAGGUUACAAGUAAAUGAAGGAAGUAGCAUUGGAUGAAUUGGAAAAUCAUUCACCCUUUCUUGAAAUGCUCAUGUGUAUUGGGGAUCAUCCAGCACAGUUGGUUUUAGAGGAUUGCUCACAAUGUAGAAGCCUUUUGUUAGGACAUCAUUCCCUCUAAUAUCAAAACUGAGUUGUUGCAAGUAAAGUAAUGGCUGGUGCAUAUUUAGGGCAGGUGUGUGUUCAUUGCCUCUGCUAGUGAAUGUUGUCGCUUAAAGAGGGAGGCUCAUCAACCUUAGGCACGUGCUUACAUAAUGUAUUAUUUUGCUAAGAAAGCAGGCAUUUCUUGCUCUUUCUGUCCUCCAGCCAGCUGUACAACUGAAGUCAAACCCUGGCCUCUCUUGAACUCUAUGUGCUUUUACAGGAAACAGUGAAGGAUAGAAAUAACAGGGGAAAAUCCCCAUUUCUGUUCUCCAGGUUAAUAUAGUUGAGAAAAAAAUAGAUCUCCCCAGUCUUUGAGUAAGUACAGAAGCUUCAAAAGAACAACUCUUGAACGGUUUGCAAAAUGGUCUGGUUCUAGAAAGAAAGCAAAAAUGACAGUACCUUGUGACAGAAGAGCAGGCAUUUAUUUUUCUGCUUGUCUCUUUCAAAAGUUCCAGCAAGUGGAGCAGAGGCUUGUUAAACUUAAGCAUUUGAUGGAGAGUUCCUGGUGUGGUUCUUACCCCUUUAUAUAGACCAAGACCUAUAUUGUUCUGUAGCUCACUGUACUUGCCAGAGGAAAACUGCCCUCUUGUUUCUACAGUUUUUUUAUUUUUAUUUUUGCUUUUGAGUCAUUGACGACUCCUGGUGACUGC